GCUGGAGCCUUACGUUCACAUUCUCAUCUCUCCUCAUUUGACCCCUUUCUCUUAAUUCAACUUCUUCGCGAAAUCAAUCUAUAACUCAAUUUACGAUAAUUGAAAAGUAUGGCGGAUCGUUUCCCUUCAUUGGAGGACUUCUCUGCAGGCCAGACCGAAGUUGUUGAAACCAACGGUGCCUCAGAUGAAAAUGACUUCCUAGCUCGCGAACGUGCUAUGCUCGGUGAUGAUGCGGAACAAUUUGCGACUCCCCAAGAUCAUGUCGCCGACGACAUAAACAAUGACGACGACUUGCUGGGAGGUGCGGAUGCCGCCCCGUCCGCGGGUGGUGCUGAGCCUCAGGAGAUCGCUGGAUUCGAGUCUUCCUUCCCUGCUCUCGACACACAAAACGAGCAAGUUGCUCCUGGCGGCACAAUCACUGGGUCGGGUGCCCCCUUUCCACCCACCGGGUAUUCCAACUACACCUCUCAAGCCCCGGAGGAGGAGCCAGAGCCCGUCAGGGAAUGGCGUGAGCGGCGAGAUGCGGACAUUCAGCGUCGGGCGGAGAUCUCGGAGGAGAAGAAGGAAGCUACCAUAAAGAAGGCGCGCGAGGAUAUUGACGACUUCUAUGUCUCAUACAACAACAAGACCGACAAGCUUCGUGCCCAGACUCGCGCUGAGGCAGAUCAGUUCCUGUCCAACCGGGAGGACACUUCUUCGGGAGGUACUAGCUGGGAACGCAUCGCGAAGCUUGUCGAUGUCUCCGGAAAGGGAACCAAGGGUGGUGCCAGCGGCUCCGGCAAGGAGCGCUUCCGAGAGUUGCUCCUUGACCUUAAGAAGGACCAGAAUGCCCCUGGUGUCAGCGGCGUUUAAGCAGCUGAAACUAUAAUGGGUUCCAACUACAAGGACUCUGGAUGCGAAGAACGCCGAAUUCCACAAAAUAAGACUUUGGUCUAAUGAUACAUCUCAGAGAGUGGGAAAGAGUUGAAGCACUGGAGAUUACCCUUGUCCUCUGCAUUCCAGCGCCUUUUAUUAUCACGACCGUCACCAUUCAUACCACCUCCGUGCGCCUCAGAUUCUCGACCCGAUCAUAUUUUCUUAUACAGGAGUUCGUCAAGUACUCGAGAUAAUGGCUAUUUCUCAGUACAUGUGUCUUCUGUUCAAUUCUUAAACACAUGUCUUCUUAUGUUGCUUAUUUCCCCUUGAUGUAGGUAGAUUACAUACUUUGGAAC